GUUACUUCUGUUUUCAAUGAAGUGACAUCAUCCUUUACUUUGAAUCCUAAAAUUCUACAACAGUUGGACAGUAAAAGACAACAAGUCCAAAUGACUGUUACAGAAACAAAUCAAGACUGGCAAGUUUUGCACCUGCGAGUCCAUACAUUUGCUGCAUGUGCAGUUGUGAACUUGCAGCAGCUUCCAGAAAAGUUAAAUCCUGUUAUAAAACCCUUAAUGGAAGCUAUAAAAAAAGAAGAGAAUACGCUCGUACAAAACUACGUCGCUUCAUGCAUAGCAAAGUUACUUCAGCAGUGUACAACAAGGUCUCCUUGUCCCAACUCAAAGAUCAUAAAAAAUCUCUGCAACUCCCUCUGUGUGGAUCCGCAUCUUACCCCGCUAGCAGCAUGUCCUGCACAGCCUCAGAGUAGCCAGGAAAACGCAAAAGGGCCCAACUCUGAUAAAGAUGGGAUGCAUCAUACAGUUACUAAGCACAGGGGAAUAAUUACACUGUACAGACAUCAGAAAGCUGCUUUUGCCAUCACAAGUCGGCGAGGUCCUACUCCAAAAGCUCCAAAAGCCCCAAUUGCAGAUCUCCCCACUGGCAGUAGUGGAAGCAUUCCUACAGAACUUGAUGAGGCUCAGAAACCUUAUGUUGUACAGAGAAGAGGAGCUGAGUUUGCCUUAUCUACUAUAGCUAAACAUUUUGGUGCUGAAAUGGCAACAGGAUUACCACAUCUCUGGGAUGCUAUGGUUGGUUCAUUAAGGAACAACAUUCACAUAAAUAAUUUUGACAGAAAGUCCUUACUGGAAAAAGGAGAUGUUCCUGCUCAGGAGCUAGUAAAUUCUUUACAGGUUUUUGAAACAACAGCAGCUUCAAUGGAUACUCAGCUACAUCCUCUGUUAAUCCAGCAUUUACCUCAUCUUUAUAUGUGCCUUCAACAUCCCAGCACUGCAGUGAGACACAUGGCUGCUCGUUGUGUAGGUGUUAUGAGCAAAAUAGCUACCAUGGAAACGAUGAAUAUCUUCCUAGAGAAAGUUCUGCCGUGGUUGGGAGCAAUAGAUGACAACACCAAACAAGAAGGUGCAAUUGAAGCACUUGCGUGUGUAAUGGAGCAGUUAGAUGUUGGUAUUGUUCCAUACAUUGUUCUUCUAGUGGUUCCGGUUCUCGGUAGAAUGAGUGAUCAGACAGACAGUGUACGUUUUAUGGCUACUCAGUGCUUUGCAACACUAAUUAGACUAAUGCCUCUUGAGGCUGGUAUACCAGAUCCACCAAACAUGUCUGAAGAAUUAAUCCGAAUGAAAGCUAAAGAACGUCACUUUCUGGAACAAUUAUUGGAUGGAAAAAAACUGGAAAACUAUAAAAUUCCAGUACCAAUCAAAGCAGAGCUCAGAAAAUACCAGCAGGAUGGAGUGAACUGGCUGGCAUUUCUCAAUAAAUACAAACUUCAUGGAAUUCUUUGUGAUGACAUGGGCUUAGGAAAAACUUUACAAUCAAUUUGCAUUCUUGCAGGUGAUCAUUGCCUCAGGGCUCAGGAAUAUGCAAGAACAAAACUGGUGGACAGUGUUCCUCUUCCCUCCUUGGUGGUGUGCCCUCCUACACUCACAGGACACUGGGUGGACGAAGUGGGCAAAUUUUGCUCAAAAGAAUAUCUUAAUCCUUUGCACUAUACAGGACCUCCUACUGAGAGAGCAAGAUUACAACACCAGGUGAAAAGACACAAUCUCAUAGUGGCUUCAUAUGAUGUUGUAAGAAAUGACAUUGACUUCUUCAGAAAUAUUAAGUUUAACUACUGCAUCCUUGAUGAAGGCCAUGUCAUAAAAAAUGGAAAAACAAAGCUGUCAAAAGCAGUAAAACAGCUGACUGCUAAUUACAGGAUAAUUCUUUCUGGGACACCAAUCCAGAACAAUGUCUUAGAGUUGUGGUCGUUGUUCGACUUCCUUAUGCCAGGAUUUUUGGGCACUGAACGCCAAUUUGCAGCUCGUUACGGCAAACCAAUACUGGCAAGUAGAGAUGCCCGAAGCUCCAGUCGAGAACAAGAGGCAGGGGUUCUUGCAAUGGAAGCGCUGCACCGCCAAGUUCUGCCCUUCCUGCUAAGAAGAAUGAAGGAGGAUGUACUGCAAGAUCUUCCACCCAAAAUUAUUCAAGAUUAUUACUGUAUUCUCAGUCCUCUACAGGUUCAGCUUUAUGAAGACUUUGCCAAGUCUCGUGCCAAAUGUGAUAUUGAUGAAACAGUUUCUUCAAUUUCGCUGAAUGAAGAAACUGAAAAACCAAAGCUUAAAGCUACAGGUCAUGUAUUUCAGGCAUUGCAAUACUUACGGAAGCUAUGCAACCAUCCAGCGUUAGUGUUAACGACCCAACAUCCAGAAUAUAAAAGAAUUACAGAGCAACUUGCAGCUCAUAAUUCAUCCCUUCGAGAUAUCCAACAUGCACCUAAGCUGUCUGCCUUAAAACAACUGCUGCUAGACUGUGGUUUGGGGAAUGGUGGAUCUUCAGAAAGUGGUACAGAAGCUGUUGUGGCACAGCACAGAGUACUUAUCUUCUGUCAACUUAAAAGCAUGCUGGAUAUAGUGGAGCACGACCUUCUCAGACCUCAGUUACCUUCAGUUACUUAUUUACGACUAGAUGGCAGCAUACCUGCUGGUCAGAGGCAUUCCAUUGUGUCACGGUUUAAUAAUGACCCAUCUAUAGAUGUUCUUUUGCUCACCACUCAUGUUGGUGGAUUGGGACUUAACUUAACAGGGGCUGAUACAGUAGUAUUUGUGGAACACGACUGGAACCCAAUGAGAGACCUGCAAGCCAUGGAUCGGGCACAUCGCAUUGGGCAGAAACGUGUUGUUAAUGUCUAUCGCCUGAUAACCAGGGGAACUCUGGAGGAGAAGAUCAUGGGUCUUCAAAAGUUCAAAAUGAAUAUUGCAAAUACAGUGAUCAGCCAAGAAAACGCAAGCCUACAGAGCAUGGGAACAGAACAGCUUCUUGAUCUGUUCACUCUUGACAAGGAUGGAAAAACUGAAAAAGCAGAUACCUCUACCUCUUCUGGGAAAGCAUCAAUGAAAUCAGUACUCGAAAACCUUGGAGAACUAUGGGAUCAAGAACAGUAUGACACCGAAUACAGUCUUGAAAACUUUAUGCAUUCAUUAAAGUAACCAUCAUAUAUUUGUAAUACAACUGCUGCUAGUUCACAUUUUUUUUUCUGCUGAUAUUCAGCAAACUUCAAAGCAUAUAUAGUGAACCUUUAGCUUAAUGUGUAAAUAGACUUAUUGAAAGAAGAAUCUUCAGAGUGGCACUGAGUAGUGUCACCCAUUUCACUGGGGAGUUAUUCUGUCUUAAACGUUUGCACUGUAUAAAAACUUUAAAUGUAAACAUUGUGAAGUGGUUUGAAUUUUACUUGUUCUCAACGGCUGCAAAUUCUUACUUGGUAGAAGAAUAAAACAAAGCAAGUUUUUACA